UCUUGCGUUUGGAAAUUUUCUGCUACUUCCCUUCCUCUCUUCUCUCAGUCUCUUCUCUCUUACGCGCUAGAGAUAGAGAGAGAGAGACGGAGAGAGGGGCGGGGGAAGGAAGUGGGUGAGCCGUUGUGAAGGAAGGGGAGGAGAGACAAUGCAUCGUAAAAUCACAGUUUGUCAAAAUACCCAAAAAUCUUCGGCAUCGCGCGUUUGUCGUGCCCAACUUACAGAUCCGCAAAUGGCGUUAUUGGCAGCACGAUGAUCACGACACAACAUUCCGAUAUCUAGACUAAGUCUCUUUCUUUUUCAAAUCAUUAUUUUAUUUUUCAAUAUUUGUUGUCGAAUUUUUAAUUAUGGAUUUUCCAUUAAUGUCCUGUCUGUCCUUCACUUUCUAAUCUAUCGCCCUCUCGCGAUACAAAGGAGAAACACAAAAUAUUACAUUAUCAGAAGAUUAUUUUCUUUUUUUUAGUUAUUUGGUUGGUAAAAAUACCAGUGAAAAACCCUGUAACCCAGAAAAGCUGGCCAGAAUUCCUGCAUUAAAGAACAUCUGGAAUUCUUGGCUAUUUUUUUUUCUUUUCCCGGAAAGUUUAUUCACAUUUUGUUCUUUGUGUCAAUUGUUAGGAUUUCUGGUCUGGGUUUUUGGUUGCCUCAUCCUUAAAAGAGUCUGGUUUUUUGGUUUUUUAACGCAUUCUAUCACGGAGUUCUCUCUUUGGCAAUUUUUAUCAAUUGUGUACUUGUGUUUCGAUUUGUUUACAUAAAAAGACCUCAUCUUUCUAAUCCAUUAUAAGAGUUAUUGGUACAAUUGUCUUUCAUAUUGAGCUCCUUUCCACCCUUUUGUUGAAAGAUUGAUAUUUUGCAAAUUGGAAUCUUCGAAUAGAUUAAAGGGCAUUGGGGUUGUGAUACAGAGUGGCGUUUUUGGGAACAGCAAGGAAAAAAAUACCUUGAUUUCUUUGUAGGAUGAUUUGAUAUUGGUUGAAACAGAGGGUGUGCAGCUUGAGAAUUCUAAUAUAAAUGCGAUGCUAAUUGUGCGAAUUGGAUGGAAUGAUGGACCUGAAAGUCCCGGGAUAUCUGCUUGGAUACCCAUUUGCUGAAUGGUUGCAACUUUGCAAAGGUUAGUUCGUGGACAUUGCCAAUUCUGGAAGGGAUUGUGCAGAGAGAUUAUGGGCUGCAUUUGCUCAAAAGGAGCAGCCGAAGACGAUGUAGUCAAUGAGAAUGAGAGAGGGAAGGAAUUAAGCAAAUCCUCUGUGCAAUUGAUUGCCCCAGCCCCCUCAAAGAGAGAAGACGAGUUUGUAGUUACUGUAGGUGGAAGCAAGCAUGGAUCUGUGCGUUCGGUGGUUAAGGCAAAUGAGGGAUCUGUUCGUGUUCCAUUGGAAGGGGGAGAGGAGAAAAUGACAAUUGUCCAUAGGCCUACAAAAGGCCAUCACCAAAGACGGGCAACAAUGGAUUUGGGAGAAAGUGGAGAGCAAGCACAUAUGACUAGAUUAGUAAGCAUGCCUCAUGGUGCCGAAGGGGAACAAAUUGUAGCCGGAUGGCCAUCUUGGUUAACUUCAGUCGCGGGAGAAGCCAUCAAAGGGUGGGUGCCUCGACGGGCAGAUUCCUUUGAGAAGUUACAGAAAAUUGGACAAGGAACUUACAGCAGUGUGUAUAAAGCUCGUGAUCUUGAAACUGGUAAAAUUGUUGCAAUGAAGAAGGUGAGAUUUGUAAAUAUGGAUCCAGAAAGUGUCCGCUUCAUGGCUCGGGAAAUCUAUAUUUUACGGAAGCUUGACCAUCCAAAUGUUAUGAAGCUGGAGGGUCUAGUCACUUCAAGGAUGUCAGGUAGCUUAUACCUCGUCUUUGAGUAUAUGGAGCAUGACCUUGCUGGACUUGCAGCAACACGUGCCAUCAAGUUUACUGAAGCACAGAUCAAAUGUUAUAUGCAGCAAUUGCUUUGUGGGCUUGAACACUGCCACAGUCGUGGUGUUCUACACCGAGACAUCAAAGGUUCAAAUCUUCUUGUUAACGACAAUGGAGUCCUCAAAAUUGGAGACUUUGGUCUGGCAACAUGUUAUCAGCCCGAUCAGAAUCAGCCAUUGACUAGCCGUGUUGUAACUCUCUGGUAUAGACCACCUGAACUUUUGCUCGGUGCUACAGAAUAUGGACCUGCCGUUGAUUUGUGGAGUGCUGGUUGCAUCCUGGCAGAGUUGUUUGCUGGGAAGCCUAUUAUGCCUGGAAGAACGGAGGUGGAGCAAAUGCAUAAAAUAUUCAAGCUUUGUGGUUCGCCCUCACAGGACUACUGGCAAAAGAGUAAAUUGCCACAUGCAACUAGUUUCAAACCUCAACACCCAUACAAGCGUUGUGUUGCUGAGACAUUUAAAAAGUUUCCUCCCUCAGCAUUGGCUCUAGUUGAUAAACUCCUUGCAAUGGAACCAGAGAAUCGGGGGACUGUUGCUUCUGCACUCAGAAGUGAGUUCUUCAGAACACAGCCCCUUCCUUGUGAUCCAUCAAGUUUACCAAAAUAUCCUCCAAGCAAGGAACUUGAUGUGAAGCUUCGUGAUGAGGAAGCAAGAAGGCGUAAAGCAGAAGCUGUAAAAGGGCGUGGACCUGAAUCUGUUAGAAGGGGUUCAAGAGAUCUUAAGGGAGCGCAGACUCCAGAAUUCGUCGCGCAGGGACAGCCAAAAACUACAAGUACCAGUCAUAAAUAUGAUCUACAGGAGGACAGUGGUUCUGGCUUUCGAAUUGAGCUGCCAAGAGGGUCUUUGCAGAAUGGUUACUCUCAUUCCAAUUCAAUGGUUCAUCCUAGUGUAGUCGGAUCAUCAUGGAAUAAGAAUGUUGGCUCGGGAAGAAAUAAUGCAGAGUUGAGGGCUCAUAGAUAUCAAAUGCCUCAAGCAGCAAUGGAGUUGUCUGCAUCCUCUCACAAGAAGGAUGAUAGACUGUUCAUCAAAGAUUCUGCACUUGCAGUGGGGUAUGCUCCAAAGAAAAACAGAAUCCAUUACUCUGGACCAUUGAUGCCCCCGGGGGGAAACAUAGAAGACUUGCUCAAAGAGCAUGAGAGGCAAAUUCAACACGCUGUACGGAAAGCACGUCUUGAGAAGUCUGGGACCAACAACAACUUCGAUACAGUUUACGUUCAGCCACAUAAUCGAGGAAAAUACGAACGAUAAUAUCAUGUAAGUUGUCAACUCCAUCAGCAUGUAAGGAAGAGAUUAUCCUAAGAUGUAGUUCUUUCCUCCACUUGCUUUUACAAUUUCAUCCCACUGAGAAUCUCCUUACAUAGUGGUGAUAUGAUCUUUACGAGGUGAUCAUCUUAAAUGGGAUGGGGAUGUGUAGUGAGCUUUGUUUUCAAACAUUUUUAAGUGAAGGAUCUUGUGGGCAUUUUCUUUUUGGCCAGCUUGUGGACAGGGAGUUAUGUAUAGAGGAAGAGGAAGAUCUCGCUGAAGCCUCCUAUAUAUAUCCACUUUCUUUCUACA